GUAAGUCGCUGCAACGACAACCGGUAACUCCGAGAAAUACAGAAAAUAAAUGAAGUAAAUUUUUAAAUAAAACUUACGGUUUUUAAACGUUAUUGUGCGUGUUAAUAUAUACGAAAAAAUUGUACAAAUGUGUGUAAAUUGUGCGUUUUAAUUCGGGGAUAAUAAAUUUGCUAGGACUACUAUGAAAUUGUGACCACAACUACCAUGGCUUCACACCUUCUUCUCAUCCUUCCUUUUCUUUUCAAAUCAUCGCUGUCCAGUGAAUAUUUACCCACUGAUUCCUCUUCCCAACCACUUCGCUACGAAGCUCCCGAUGAUUGUCAGUGGUGGAUUAGAGAACCAGCAUCUUCCGGGGGACAAGACGAAGUUGCACUGACGUGCAACUUAAGGACCAUAAACAGCGAGUUCGACACGACAAACUUCAGCGUAAUUCCAUCAGAGCACACCACGUCCCUUAGGAUCGAGUGCAACGGGGACAUCAUGUCGAGAAGUAGCUUGGACGAUAAAAGCUUUAUACAUUUGACGAAGUUAAGAGCGUUGGAGCUGGAGCACUGCAAGUUGGGUCGAUGGCCUUCGGGAACUCUUCUGGGACUCCGCGAUUUGAGAAAUCUGACUGUAAGGACUCACAACACCGACUGGCCUGCUAUGAAUUUGGACUUUGCGAGAGAUAGUUUCUUGCCAGUAAGACAGUUAGAGAGACUAGAUUUGAGUUGUAAUAAUAUUUGGUCAUUUCCCGAAAACAUAUUUUGUCCGCUGAUAAACUUAGUGUAUUUAAAUGUGAGUGAGAAUCGGUUGCAAGAUGUUAGUGAUUUGGGAUUUAGAGAAAAAGCGCCGGGACUACCGCAACCGUUAAUUAGUGUCGCCGAAGAUGAUCACCAACAACACACAGAAACAGCGAGGACUUUGACAAAUCCAUGUAAUUUGGACAUUCAGGUACUUGAUGCUAGUUACAAUCAUUUUGUUCUUAUACCUGCUAGCGGGUUCAGUGUAUUACGGCGAUUAAAAGAACUUUAUAUUCAUAAUAACGAAAUUUCUAUGGUCGCAGAUAGGGCUUUAGCUGGACUUAAAUCAUUGCAAAUUUUUAGUCUUUCUAAUAACAAAGUAGUUGCAUUACCUUCGGAAUUAUUCAAAGACAGUGUUGGAUCUAUCAGAGAAAUAUAUCUACAGAAUAACUCACUUAGCGUAUUAGCCCCUGGAUUAUUUGCGAAUUUAGAACAACUUUUAGCUCUAGAUUUAUCGAGAAAUCUUCUCACAUCUUCUUGGAUAAACGCUGAUACAUUUUCAGGACUUAUUCGACUAGUGUUGUUAAAUUUAUCUUACAACAGAAUAAGCAAAUUAGAUCCUUCCUUCUUUCGCGAUUUGUACACUCUACAAAUUCUGAAUCUCGAACAUAAUUCACUGGAAACUAUCCCUGCAGACACGUUCGCUCCUAUGAAUAACUUACAUACUCUAAUCAUUUCCUACAAUAAAAUCACGUACUUAGAUGCUUACUCUCUGAAUGGUCUUUAUGUUUUAUCACUGCUAGCCUUAGAUAAUAACCUCCUCGAAGGCAUUCAUCCCGAAGCGUUCAGAAACUGUUCGAGUUUACAAGAUUUGAAUUUAAAUGGAAACUUAUUGAAAGCAGUGCCUUUAGCUCUGAAAGAUAUGAGACUAAUGCGGACUGUAGAUUUAGGAGAAAACGUUAUAGACUCUUUGGAGGAUCCAGGUUUUCGUGGAAUGAGUAAUUUAUACGGUCUUAGAAUCAUUGGCAACAAGUUGACGAAUAUUAGUAAGAGAAUUUUUUCUGAUUUGCCAGCACUUCAAAUUUUGAAUUUGGCUAGAAAUAAAAUUGAAAAAGUGGAAAAAGGGGCUUUUUUGUAUAGUCCUAAUUUGCAAGCUAUAAGAUUAGAUGCUAAUAAACUUACCGAUGUUAGCGGAUUGUUUGCAGAAAUUCCAAGUUUGCUUUGGCUUAACGUGUCAGAUAAUCAAAUUGAGUGGUUCGAUUAUGCUUUAAUUCCUCAAGGUUUACAAUGGCUAGAUAUGCACAAGAACAACGUCAAAGACUUGGGCAAUCGUUAUAAUAUUGACUUUGAAUUAAAACUACAAAGUUUAGAUGCAAGUUUUAACAAAAUAACACGACUUAGUGCAGCUUCAGUGCCUAGUAAUGUAGAAUUACUAUUUUUGAAUGACAAUUUAAUAACAACUGUUGAAGCCCAUACAUUUUUAAAGAAAACGAAUUUAACAAGAGUCGAUUUAUAUGCUAAUCAGAUUGUCAGCAUGGAUUUAAACGCUUUACGACUAACUCCUGUAGAUCCUGAGAAACCGUUGCCGGAAUUUUAUAUAGGUGGAAAUCCUUUUCAGUGUGAUUGUACAAUGGAGUGGUUACAAAGAAUAAAUAAACUAGAUCAUUUAAGGCAGCAUCCCAAAGUAAUGGAUUUGGAAAGUAUUUAUUGCAAAUUGUUGUACAACCGAGAAACUAAUUAUCUGCCGUUAAUUGAAGCCGAAUCUUCUCAGUUUUUAUGUACUUACAAAACACACUGUUUUGCAUUAUGCCAUUGUUGUGAUUUUGAUGCUUGCGAUUGUGAAAUGACCUGCCCUACAAAUUGUACUUGUUAUCAUGAUCAGUCCUGGUCAGCGAAUGUGGUCGAAUGUUCGGGAGUGGGUUACACAGAAAUGCCCAGCAGAAUUCCAAUGGAUGCGACCGAAGUGUAUAUAGAUGGCAAUAAUUUCGGUGAAUUAUCCAGUCACGCAUUUAUAGGAAGAAAGAAUUUAAAAGUUUUGUACGCAAAUAAUUCCAAUAUAGCUGCAGUGUAUAAUUAUACGUUCAGUGGAUUAAAAAGAUUAACGAUCUUACAUUUAGAAAAUAAUCAUAUAAAACAGUUGUUGGGAUUCGAACUGGUGAGUUUAGAAUUUUUAAAAGAGCUGUAUCUACAAGGAAAUCUAAUCCAUUUUAUCGAUAAUAGAACUUUCUUACCUCUGAAACAACUCGAAGUUUUACGCCUUGACGGCAACCGUUUAUAUUCUUUCGAAGUAUGGCAAUUUACCCUGAAUCCAUAUCUCGUCGAGAUCGGUCUCGCCUUUAAUCAAUGGUCCUGCGACUGUACCUAUGUAUCAAAGUUCAAAACGUGGCUCCAGGUGAAUUACGGCAAAGUCGUCGAUGCCAAUAAGAUAAUGUGUAUGUACAACAACGUCACGAAAGCUCUAGGACCUAAUUUGUCGGAUUUUAACGGCACGUCUUGCGUUAACGUGUUCACAGGUAGCAAUCGAGCUGUUGUUGAAACUCAAGUGAUGAACGAUUAUUUGCCGUUACUAUUAGUCACAAUGUGCGUAUUCAUAGCGAGUGUGGUUAUCGUGUGCGGGGCGUUUUACUAUCGCAGAGAGCUCAGGGUGUGGGUUUAUUCCCGCUGCGGGUUACGAAUGUGUUACAAAACGACAGCUUUCGAGGAACAGCAGGAUAAAGACAGACUUUUCGAUGCUUACGUCAGCUACAGCGUUAAAGACGAGGCGUUCGUCAGUCAGGUAUUAGCGCCCGGAUUAGAGUCGGGAGAUCCGGGAUACAGACUAUGUUUACAUUACAGAGACUUUAAUGUUUCCGCGUACGUUGCUGAUACCAUAAUUGAAGCCGUGGAAUCGUCGCGAAGAACAAUUAUAGUUUUAUCCAAGAACUUUAUUCAUAACGAAUGGUGUAGAUUCGAAUUUAAAAGUGCUUUACAUGAAGUUUUAAAGGACCGCAGACGUAGACUGAUAUUCGUAGUGACUGGGGAGCUACCCCAACGGGACUUAGACCCGGAUUUACGCUUGUACUUAAAAACUAAUACUGUAAUCGAAUGGGGCGAUCGUCAAUUCUGGCAAAAGUUGCAGUUCUCAAUGCCUGAUAUCCGAAGACCCUGUGUGCAUCAAAGGAGUUCUGUUAAUAUUUACGCUACGGCAACUCCGAGCCAUAUGGACAGGGCCAGGAGUCCCGCUCUGCCUCCACCUCCGCCACCAGGCAAGCUGCCACCGUUCCUUCAACAUUCUUCAAGUUUGCCCAGAGAUUCGAGGACUAGCAUGCCGCAUCCUUUGUGGGCGUAGCGGAUGUUUUUUAGCAGGUAUGUCGGGGACGAGUGACAUCCAUCCGGAGGGGCCCUGCAAGACUUUUACUAAUGGCUGUGUUUGU